CUCAAAAUCAAUGUACCUGCAUUUUAAAAAAUAUUUAAGAGUGUCUUGGUGUAGCAUACGCGAAUCGUGCUGGCUCAUACUGCCUUGCCGGGUAGCAGCAGGCAGUGACAAGCUACUAUGGGCAGUCACGACCGAAGUCGCACUUUCCCUCACAGCUGCCUGGCACCUGCACGCGUGAGCUCGCGCUCCACUAAAAAAUAUCUUGGUCGCAUCUCCAGCCCCGCCAGUGUCUUUGUUCCGAGUGCUUAUAACUUCUAUUUUUCGGGUCUUGUAAGAAAGCUUUUGCUUCUAGAGAAACUAAAGGACCUGCCAAACCGACACCACCUACUACAGCUGCUGGCGCUCUUGUAUGAGCCCAAGAAGCUCCGCAUCUUCGAACACGUUUGAUCACGACACAGGAGCGUUCACGAGCCGCUCGUGACCCAGUCGACAAGCUGGACGGUAAAAGUAAGACACAGUCGCCAAAGUCCGAGACGAAUAAGAAAACCCAGAGAGCCCCGUAUGAGUAUGGUCGCCUAAGCCUGCGAGCAAGAGCUGCAAGACUGACCCUGCUACAUAGUCCUUUCGCAAGAUAUCGAUCUGAAGCCAACUCAUUCCCGGACUAUGGGUAAGCCGCACAGCCACGGUCCCAAAACAACAAGAAUCUAGAUUGCUGAUUCGCCGCAAAGGGCGUCUAGAGGCACAAUGGGAUCGCAGUUCGUGAGGAAGAUAAAUAGAAUCGGGGCGCCGAUUCCGAUAAACACGCUUGACAGUCCUAAUCGAAAGACCCUCGGUGUCACUAGAAUGGCCGAUAGUCAACCACUCAAGCAACGACGACGAGAUGAUACUGAUAAGCCAACUGGCCACCGACAUAGUCCAUACUUCCCCACACAGCGACCACCCAAAAGCGCCACAACGCAAGAAUCAUUCGAUGAUUCAAUGUACGAUUCACAAGAUGAUAUGAUCAGUGUAUCAAGUGCUACCAAAACCAAAACGAUUCGCGAUGUUGGAGCAGCCCCUGCAUUCCGUGUGCCGUCAGUGCCGUCAGGGUCACAAAAACGAUCUCGUGGUCGUCGUUCUCGUGGGCAUAUGGACUUGACAAAUGAUUCGGAUGUAAGCGAAUCGACGCUGAGAGAUCGAAUAUCGACUCCGUCGCCAUCGCCGAGUCGAAUUGAAUCAGAUAUAACCACAUCUCGCAAAAAAACACAACAGCAACAGUCACCAUAUCGUAUGCCAAGCCCGGUUCUGGGUGAUGGACUCGAUAGUAUUGAAGAUUCCGAUGAUGAUGUUUCCCGGUUAAAAACAGCCAGUUUAACAAAGAAACCGACCCAAGAACACUCACAGCCAUUAAAGAAAGCAAACUAUGUAGUCAUGAAGCUUCGAAGAGCAUUAUCAGGUCGAUUUAUGUAUGAGAACGGUGAUGAGUCAGCCAGGAACUUAUCUAUUCGUUGUCAUUCAACUACGCCUGGUAUAGGCCGACCAUUUGCCAGUACUGGGGACGGAAAAGACUUCAAAUGGCUUCGCCUAACCUUUGAGAUGCUGACGAAUGUUCGAUAUGCGCCUGGAUGCUCUAUUAUCUUGGUCAACAGACCGAGAAGUGCCGAUGCACCGGCCACGUUGCUCCUCGAAUUUGAAAACCUGACGUCCGUUGACUAUAUAGUCGAACAGAUGGGUACAAAAGCAAAGAUUAUGGAUCAAACCCGUCUUAAGAAGACGAUGGAGGAAGCAUGGAGGACUACCGACAUUUACCGACAAAAAGCCACCAAAUCCACGCAACUUGACAAAGAGUUACCGCAACAUGGGGAAUCAGGGAAGAAGCAGAUUGUGACGGUUCAGAUCACUGUUACAAAGCCUCCAAAACCAGAUGCUACUGCCUCCUCUAAAAGCCAUAGCAGUAUACCUGUUUCGAUUAAAAAGACGUCUUCAAAGCUCAACAACCAGCCGGGAGCACCUGAACUUGGAAAAUCAAUUACUGAUUCACGUGUUACCGACUGGCCGGAAACACGCAAUAUACGGGAAACAAGAAGCUCUACCAAAUCCUCUCCAGCACCUCGCCGGGAAAAACCAUUAGAGACAUGGACGGAACUAAAUCCUGGUUGGAGGGAGCUUUGGUCCACCCCCCUGACUUAUCCAAUGGUUGGAAAGAACAGGGCAACUGUUGAUCUAGAGGAUAUCGCACGGUUAGACGAAGGCGAGUAUCUCAACGACAACCUCAUAACGUUUUAUUUUCGUUAUUUCCAGGAGCGAUUAAAGGAGUUCCAACCUGAACUAGCUCGAAAAGUUCACUUUUUCAAUUCCUUCUUCUAUGAUAAGCUACGCCAGAAACCCACAAAUGGUUCCUCUGCCUUCGAUGGUGUUCGAUCUUGGACUUCCAAAAUUGAUCUUUUCGAUUUCGAUUAUGUCUUUCUACCAGUCAACGAAUACAUGCAUUGGUACUUGGUUAUAAUUGCAAAUCCUGGCCACACACUUCCCGCCAACAACCUUGACGAUGGUGAUAUGAGCCGAGGCGACGAAUUGACUCCUCGGUCUCCGCUAGCAGAAGUUGAAAAAGACAUAUCAGGAAUUAAUAUCGAUGACCACAAUGUACAGCGGCAAACAAGACAGCGCCCUGGCCAGGAUCUGUCACCAGCGUCCAAACAUGGCCAGUUUAAAUCAGAACACGGAAUUGAUAAGAGAGCGAUCAAGGCGCCAAGGAUCAUUACGCUAGAUUCCCUGGGUAAUAAUCACCCCACGACAAUUAGGGUACUCAAGUCAUACCUUGUGGAUGAAGCUAAAGAUAAGAAGGGAAUUGUUGGUACAUCGGCGAUUGGCUUGACGGCCAAGUAUGGCCUGCCACAGCAAGAUAAUUAUUGUGAUUGUGGAAUCUUCUUGAUUGCCUAUAUGGAGCUUUUUCUCCAGGACCCAGAGUAUGCCUUCGAAAAGAUGAGCAACCGGGAGAGCGUUGAGUGGUCGAUUAAUCCGUCAAAACUACGAGCGGAUCUGCGUGAUCUCAUAUUCAAACUACACGAAGAACAGGAUGAUCAGGAACGGCAGGCAAAGCUAGCACGAAAGGCAGCUAGAGCAGCGGCAAUUUCGUCACCUGUACCUCAAACUCUGAAGGCUAUAGAGACCGAUGUACUUGAAAAGAGGCCUGCAUCGGCAGAAGCCUACCGCUUCGCGGCUCGACUUGAUGAUGAGCAGUUGGCUGAUGAAAAGUUCUACUCGGCGCGCAGCUCUCCCACCAAAGAGGACAACACUAUGGGGGCCCGUGCUUCUGAAGCAUCGCGCUCGCAAUACCCACUGAUAAAACAGCUUGCAAGCUCUCCUACACCUGGGCUUGUUGGAGAAAAGCGAAAGGCGAGAAUUGAAUCUGACGAGGAGCCUAGCAUGAAAUAUCACUCGACUGUUAAAAGACCAAAGUCUACCACUGAUUCGAGUGCGAAACGCCUCUCAUGGCCACUGAGACCUCACCACGAUCGAAAAGUGGAGAGUAUCGACACGAAAGCGAGCCGCAGGCAUGUAUAUUUGGCGGAAAAGCAAGUGCGCCGGCGACAAUGAAGCCGACAGCCCACCAACCUUUACGAAUAAUGAUUACAUUCUCUGAUUCUAUGAAUGGAUGGUAACAUAUCAACUCUGUUUCGUAUUUUGACAUGGGAUGCAGCUACCUGCCUUUUGAAUUCUUCAACUGUACGUCAGAUUGGUUUUGUAUUUCAUUGUUCAUUUAGCGGCAUUAUACGGCCAACGUGCCUUACGGUGCUUUGUUUAUUUUGAUACAUUAUAUGUAUAUCGGCAGGAGCAAGGUAGCUGAUACCCGUGAGGUUUAAUCUAUACAAAGAAAUUCUGUUUUAUUUCUUUCUGCCAAUUUAAACUUCGUCUGUCAAGCUACACCCAUAUUUGCUCUAUAUAAUCCUGUCACAACUGCCAUCGACUCUUGCUGUGAUGGUAUGCUCCCACUACAUCACAAGAUUUUGCCCGAGUCGGGGUUAGAUUAGAAUAGAAAUGGGAGAAUUUCGAGACCCGAUAGUAAUAGUCUCUAGUUGAAAGCGUUACGGAUAUUCAGUCUUUGAAACAAAAUUGUCUUUUGAACGCCAAUGCUAAUGGGUAUGGUCACGACAUGUGCGUCAUUGUGAUAUAUGUACAAAAUUAUGAUACCAGAUGCCCUACUCGUCAGCCUCGUCGUCCUCCUCCUUUGUAUGAACACCAUUUUGUGCGCGUUUAUCCAAGCGCGGAACUUCAAAAAUAACACCUCCAUUGCGAACGCCAUUGCCAACCUUCCAGCGGCCAAAACGGUGCUCUUUGGCCAUUGCGGCAAUAACGCAAAUACCAUCCUUUCCACGUUCGCCGCGUUCAAAUACAGCAAUGUCGUUAAUAACUCCAGAAAUUGGCUUGGUGCUGCUUUCUCUCUCGAAGUCUUCGUCAGCGUUACUAGUCUCGUCACCAGACAAGUGGCCACCGAGAACGCCAAGUGGUUCAAUCUUACGCUUGUCUUCCGAGAGUUGCCAGACUCGCACGUGGCCAUCCCAGCUGCCACUAAGGAUGAUGUCCGAGUAGGGUAUUGUUUUGAGCGCUGUGAUCCAGCGCGGGGUUGGGGCUGGUACAGCGGAAUCGGAGGGGUUUUGCUCGGCAGAUGCAGAAUGAGGGUCCAAGGGCUCGUCAAUACCAUGUGCGAGAUGUUCGAUAUACACGGGCUUCUUCUUCUGAGCGCUCCACAAGGAUAUCGAUCCGUUGUCGCUUCCUGUAACAAAGAGGUCCUCGUCGAUCAUGGCAAUGCGGUCCAUGCUUCCCUCGCGGAGCAACGAUCGUGGAUCGACACCAGGACGAUUUUUUUUAUCUCCAGCACCGCCACGGAAGACAAGCUGUGUUUCCUCGAUAACCUUCCAUAAACGGGCAGUGCGAUCACGAGCACCGACACUCACACAUCGCUCUUGCGCGAGGGCAUCAAUGUCGACAAUCUCAUCCUGGUGACCAAACAGAGUUUCCACGUAAGCCAUCUCGUCCAAGCUCCAGACUUUAACCGUUCGGUCCUUGGAGCACGAAUAGAGCUGAUUGGUGCCUCUUCGAAAGGCCAAACCGGUAACAGCAUCACGGUGGUGUGUUAGUACCUUGAUAGGCUUGAGCGUUUCCGCAUCGUAUGUAAUAAUCUUCUUAUCCUCGCCGCCAGUGACAACGUAUUUGCCAUCAGGCGAGGCUGCUACCGCUAGAAUACGGCCAGUAUGUCUUUUGUAGUAUUUCUCUUUCGACUUUGCUGAGUUGCCCUUGAUCCAUUGUUCGAGCUCGGGCUUCUUUUUAGGUGGCGCGGGGGCUUUCUUCGAUUUUCUGCGAGUCGUCUGGGGGAAUUGGUCUUUCGGAAGAUCCUGAGUUUUCCAUUUGUGUAGGAAAAUAUCUUUUGAGGUAGUGUAGAAGUAGGGGGCGCAUGCGGAUACAGAGGUGACUGCGUUGGUAUUGGUUCGGAAGAAUGUUUGCGAAGCUUUGGACAGGGCCAGCUCGGGAGCCAAUUGGCGAUAAACUCGACCUUUAGACUCGGCAACAUCUUCUUGAAGACGCUCGGCAAUCAUAUCUCUGUCGAUAUCGGCAGCAUCGAAUCCAGCUUCGUCCACGUGCUCCUUGACAUUCUCGAGAUAUCGUUCCGCAAGUCGAAGUCUUCGUUCUGCAGCGGUUUCUUCCUCUUCAUCUCCAGAGCUACUGCCCUCGGAGCGAUCAUCGGCAUCACCAGCGUCACCCAUGCUCAAGUCAUCGUCCGAAUCGCUACCAGAAAUCGAUUCGUCGUCAUCCUCGACAGGUUUCUUGGAUGUUCCGGGCUUGCCUGCUGCGCGGCCGUUAAGCUUGCCAGCAGCGACCCUUUUCUGAGGGGUUGUUGAUGGGGCUGCGGUAUCUCUCUUUCGCUUUUUCUGAGCGCCAGGGACGGCAAAGAAUGACGACAUGAUGGUGUGUUGAUGUCGUUUUUCUUAAUCGCCCGUUGCAGUCAAUUUUUUUCUUGUCC